AUGUCACAAAUUCCACCUGUUAUUAUUUUAGAUGGAACAAAUAUAAGUUAUUCAUCUGAAUGUUCUCCACCAAAGGAAGAAUCUAGUCAAGUGGCAUUAAUAUCUUCAUCAAUAACAUUGCCAGUAGGUCCACGACAGCAAUUAAAUAAUAUCUCAUCACAAACAUGUAAUACAUCAUCGAAUAUCUCAGGAACUACUUAUUAUUUUAAUGAAACAAAUUCUUCUGACAAACAAACAGAUAUUGUAAAUCUUCCAAAUAAUGAAUCAUCAAAUAUAAAAAUGUUUGUAGUAUCAUCUCCAUCACAUAGUAAUGAUAUAUCAUUUGAAGAAAAUAAAUCAAUAUUAAAUGAAUCAACAGAUAAAGUUAAUUUAUCAUCAUUAUCAUAUCUUCAAACUAAACAUCGUAAAAUUGAUCAUAGAAGAAAUAAAAGUGAACCAGUUAUAAAUGCAAAUUUAGUAGAUUUAUCAUCAAUUAAUUCAUAUCCACGAACAACAAUACUUGAAUCAUCAUCAACAAGUACAACAAGUAAUGAAUCAGCAAUAACAAAUAAUAGUUCUUAUGAAAAAAAACGAAAAUCUUCAAAAAAAAUCAAUUCACCAUCAAUAAAUAUGAAGAAAAGAAAUGAAAAUAAUAUUUCUUCUCCAACACAAGAGAAAUCUUCUUCGUCAUCAUCAGCAACAAAAAAGAAGAAACCAUGGUAUAAUGUAAGUUAUUACGAGUUUUUUGUUUUUUUCAAAACAAAAUUUCAACUUUUUAUUUGUAAAUAUAUUUCAAUAUAA